AUGGCUCAUCGACCUGAAGCUGCUGCUACUCCAAUCGACAUUCCUCCCUUUGCCAGACCACUGGCACCUUAUAUCAGAACCCGACAGGAGGCUCUCCGUAUCCGACAAGCCUUGACCUCCUAUCUCCGUUCGCACAUCGAAUUAGCCGACAAUGAGUCAGAAGAGUACCAAGUCUACAACCAAUCCCACCUCUCCCUAUGCGUACCACAAGAGGCCGUCGUCAACGUCAAGCGAGUUCCGUCAGAAGUGACCGGGUUAAGGAGGGAAUAUUUGCAAGCGUUGCAUGCCAAUGUGGUUGCGCGGAAGGAAUAUGAAUCUCUAUCCGAGAAGCUGUCAUCGGCCAAAGAUCUGAAGAGCGCCACGAGAAUCGAGGCGCCGCCCCUUGAUCCCAACGCUGAGUUGCAAGCCUACCUCCGACUCCUCCGUGACCGGCGGCGGCAUGCGAAACUGCAGGUCUUCCAACACUAUCUGCAAGAACUGAAAGAACGAGACUCGAGCAUUACUGGCUGUAUCGAUGACCGACUAAGUGGCGGUCAACAAGCCCUCCCCUCGGAAGAGUUUGAUAAUGGGAGUCAACAAAACGGGCGUGGCGCGGAUGAUGGUAUUGAAGGCUUGGUGCAUAAACUGGAGAGGGCGGUGAUACGUGCCAAAGCUCAACUGGACCGGGAGAAGAUGCUCCUGGAGGAAAUGCAAGCGCAGCACACUUCUCACAGUGACGAUGUACCCUCAUCAGUCAAGGUGAUGGCACUGCAGCGAACACGGGACGAGCUGGUACAAUGGGUAGAGGAGAAGUUGGUGAGUGUGGGAAGUACUGAUGAUGGUCCAUUACAAGAAAUAUCCCCCGAGGAGAUCGCGGAGUCUACACACAUGAUUGAAGAGCAAAAGGUGCAGAUCGCGGCGCAAUAUGCUGCCUACGUCGAAGCGCGCAAGCGUCUUCUUGAUACAGCUGCCAGAGCUUGUCAGCCGGUCACAAUGGCGCCUACGAAAUCUUCCAAGCGCUCCAUCGAUCUGGGGAAGAUCGCCAUCGAGGAAAAGUCAACUCUCAAGCCGUUGGAAGUCCUCUCGUUCACCAGCGAACUUCUUCUUCCUCUAUCAAAGACCCAACGCGCGCUAGCUUUGCAGAAGAAUUACCUGUCGGGUAUGCUCGCUAAAGAAAGAUCUACCACCCUACGCAUGCUUAACCGUCUGAGCGAUGAAAGCCAUCUCCUGCCCGAAUACCCACUUCUGGCCCAUCAACCGCGCUUUAAGCACAUCAACUUGAGACAUGCGACGGGUGCGGCUGAUGUGACCAAGUCAGACGAGGUUGUUGCUCUGGCCGAAGCGUGGGCAUUUGCCUCCGAAGCGGCAGGAACGAACGAGCAGCAGUCCGUGGAAGAGAAGCUAGCGGAGGGUCAAGAAACUGCUGCAGAGGCAGAACAAGUUUUACAAGAGGUGUACAGUAUGUUAAAUCAGGACCUCGAGGCGACGUUACGAGACGCGCAAAGACCAGGAGACGAUGCCACAGACAUCUGGGCGACCGAGGCUCGCUCGACCAGAUCUCGCGCGAGACAAAUCCGAACUGAGAAGCCACUUAGCGGCCCGUGGACCAAGCUGAAUGGAAAACUCGAGGCUGAUGAUUGA